GGCCAGAUUAAGGAGAGGCUUGUCAGCAUUGAGCUUUUCCUCUUCGAAAAACAAUCUGUGACGAAAGGAUGCCACGACGAAAGAAAAAAGUCAAAGAAGCCUCUGAAGCCCAUACUGAGGAUAAGGCAGAGGCGGAAACCAGUAGCUCUGGCUCCUUCAAGAGGAAGCACAGAGUAGAGAAGACAUUCAUUGUGAUCUCUGAUAGUGAGGGAGAGGAGCCAAAGGAGGAGAAUGGAUUGCAGAAUACGAAGAUGAAAGAGUUGAGAAGAGGCAGGGGUUUGGCUGUGAGAAAAAUUGCACAAAUGACUGAGGAGGAACAGUUUGCGCUGGCUCUCCAAAUGAGUGAGCAAGAAGCGAGGGAGGUGAAUAGCCAGGAGGAGGAAGAGGAGGCGCUCUUGAGGAAAGCUAUCGCGGAAAGCUUAAAUAGUUGCCAGCCUUCGGAUGCUCCAGCUUCCAGCUCUGGACCACCAUCUUCCCAGUUCCACCAAGAGAACACAGACUCGGGGACCACUGAAGGCAUAUGGCAUCUGGGAGCUCCAUCCCGAUGUAAAGGCUCCCUUGUCAGUCAGGGACACGAGGCUGAGGACAGAAAGGCACCUGGAGACCACCCUGAAACCACGGAAGAGCAGUCGACCCUGCCUGUGUCUGAAAAUGAGGACGUGGACUGUUUGCCCAGAUGCACUGGUUACAGAACUGAGCACACUGUGUGUGAGACGGUCCAGGAAAAUACUAGGAAGGGCACUACUUGUCUCCAAGCUGCCCAAGGUAGGGGACACACAGCAGAGCCUUGUUGGCAAGUGCCCACAGAGGCCAAACAUCUCCAGGACACUGAAGGCACAGUGCACUACUUCUGGGGUAUUCCAUUCUGCCCGGCCGGUAUGGACCCUAACCAAUAUACCAAAGUUAUUCUCUGCCAGUUGGAGGUGUAUCAAAAGAGUCUGAAAAUGGCUCAGAGGCAGCUAUUAAGGAAGAAAGGUUUUGGGGACCCCGUGUUACCUGGCCUACCUUUUCAGCUCCACAGCGAAGAAUGUGGCCAAGGUGAUCAGGCUAGUGAGCAAAAGGAAGGUAGCUCUGAAGAUCUGGGAGAGGAAGACAAAGAGGCAAGGCAGGAAUCCAGGGCUGCAGCCUGGUAUACCAAUCCCAUGGAUUUGGAUUUUCAAGAAAGCCCUGGUGUCAGCUUGCCGAAGAAACUUUUGUUGGAGGAAGAACAACCAACAAGUCAUGGUCAGUCUUCCCAAGGGCUAUUUGUUGAAGAAACCUUCGAAGAAGGAAACUCUAUUCCUGCUUCAGAAAUCAUUGCCACUUUGCCCAGUAAGAGAAGCUCCAUCUUUCUGCCAGAGGUGUCUGCGGGGGAAAUCACUGUGUGUCCAGAGACACAGCUAAGUUCCCCUGAAUCUUUGGACCUGGAAAGAGAAGUUUCUCGAGGUAGCAGAGAAAAAAUUGUAACGACAAAUAAGGAGGUUGAUAGCGGGAAUGACACUGAGAAGAAAAUCCAUUCGUCUGCCUUCGUGUUCAACAUGCAAGUGUCCUGUCCGCUUUGUGACCAAGGUUUCCCGCCAACGAAGAUUGAGCUUCAUGCCAUGUACUGCAAUGGACUCGUGGAGCAAGAGAAAGUGUUGACUCGGAGACAGAGGGAAGCCAAGAACAGAAGACUGGGAGAGACUUCCUCUGACACAGACGAGAAUGAGAAAUGUUACCUCUGCAAAGCCAUGGUCCCCAUUCAAGAUUAUUAUAGGCACAUCAAGACCUGCCUGCGUCAUGCCAAGAGGGGCACCAACAGCUGGGGAGGAAAAUCUGGGGAUUGGCAAAACCCAGGCUCUGAGGAGGGCGACCAGCCCAUACCACAAGGCCAGGGAAACCCCAAGGGAAAGGAUCAAAGUGAAGGCCGGCUGCUCAAUCUCCUGGAACACUCUGAACCCCAGACAGCAGAUGCAGAGACCAGUGUUAGAUCUUCUGAAGCUGGAGCCUGCAGGGUGUCUUUCUCUGGAAUGGAAGAAGCUGGCUGCAGCAGAGAGAAGUCGAGCUCCCUCACUCCACUCAGCUUCAAUGAGUCACCCAUCAAGUCUUUUGUUUGCAUUUCUGAAGCCACAGAUUGCUUGGUGGACUUUAAAAAGCAAUUCACUGCCCCCCCAGGGAGCCGGCCACUGACCAAAGGUGGCAGAGGCAGGAGGAAGAAGUCCUGAAGGCAAAACCUUUAGCAGUCAAUGUGAGGUUGGGGGAAUGGGUUAAGGCUAUUUGUGUCUUCUGGGCCUCUUCCACUCAGCAUUCUGGUUCUGUUUCUUGCAAACUCUCGAGACAAACUGUUUCUUGCAGCCUAUGGGAGUUUCCUUCUAAGUUCAAAUGGAAAUAUAUUUAUGUUUAUAUUUUU